UCGAAUCUGGAAGAGCCCUAAAGAAUCUUUUGUUUUUUGGUAAUGGCGAGCAAGAGGAAGCGCGGGAGCAAAGCAGACGAGAAAGAGGACGAGGAGAGCGUGGCGGUGUGCGAGAUAUCAAAGAAUCGCAAGGUCUCGGUGCGCAAAUGGAGGGGGCAAGUCUUGGUAGACAUUCGAGAGUAUUGGUACAAAGGAGGCGAGUGCUUGCCAGGGAAGAAAGGAAUCUCUCUCACCAUGGAUCAGUGGAAUGUUCUCCAAGAGCACGUUAAACAAAUCGAUUCUGCGGUACAGCGCGUGAACUGACGAUCAUCGUUUUUUUUUUUCUCCCCUUUCUGCUAAAAAGGUUUUUAGAAAAAUGGUUUUGUUGCAGUCGA